GUUGUGAUAAACUUAUUAAAUAGAUUACAAUUUGGAUGUAUUCUUUUGAUGGUACGUUCAAGUCUGCGCCACAGGUGUCGCUGGGGAACUACCAAUCUGCAACUGCGAAAGACAUCGUGAGGGCUUCCCGCCAGGCAAGAGAGACGCGAGAAAAAUCAAGAAGUGCCGAAAAGGCUAUCGUUAAAUUACAGAGUUGGGCCAGGUCGUUUAUAUGCAGAGCACGUUUAAGGAAGCAUCGUCGUUCAAUCAUUGCAGUGAAAUUGAAGAACGAGAAUCGUGAAGAUGAGUGCCAGAUGAUUUAUUUGAUUCAGUUUGUGUUCGACCCACAAAUCGACACUCCACUUUGGGUUGCUUUUUCUCGGCAGCUGGUAACUAUGAAACAGAGCCUGUUACCGACACUGAAGACUAGAUCUCCACAAGGAUGGACUUUCUUCAUCAGAAGUAUCUUCGAAAUAUGCAAGAAGCACAUUGCCUAUUGCUCUGAGAGGAAUGAAGUGAUGACUGCUUCUCUCAGAAUGCUGGAGUUUCUGAGUCAGAACACCAAUGCUUUGUCAGCCAACUCUGCCGAGAAGCUCUUCUCUAUUGGUUUCUUCACGACUCUUUUAGUCUCGCUUAAAAGCAAACUACCUGUGGCCAUCAUCGACGACAGUGAGGCAUGCAAACGCACCGAGAUGUACAAAUUCAUGCUGCAGAUAUUCAAAGCAGUCCUAUCCGAAAACCCAACACAAUCACACACGCGGGAGACAAGGCUGCUCCGAGAAUUGUUUCUGUCUGAAAACGACGCAGAAUAUGCAUUGCUGCUCACCUCUGAUGUUGCUGUUAUGAUGAAUAAGACCAAUUUAGUUAGCUCAUUUGAAGUCAUGUUGAAAUCCGAUGUUGAUUUAACUUCAACGCAGAUUUGCGUAUUGCUUAAUUUGCUUCUCUCGGCUAUAAUGGGAGCCUCGGGGUCUAACAGUGACGUCAUUAAGAGCGGCCAACUGGCUCUAGAUAGUAUUGGAGUUGAAAAAUUGUGCUUUGCGCUGGCCUUUUUGACCCAGAAGUACGCAGACCUAGUUACUUGUAAAGCAGAUGAAAAGCUGAGGUUAAUGGAUUUGGAUUCAGACAGCGAAGACGAUGAACAGACACAUGAGCAAUCCAUGUUCUCUGCGACUGAGGAGCACCUGGUGCACUUGAUCUCCUCCUACCUGGAGUCGCAGCUGUUUGUGUCAUUCAUAUCCAGCUUGGCAGACCUUAUGUCACCUUCAUCCUUGUCAUCUUCUAAACCAAUGACGUCAGAGAGAUCGACUGUGCAUUUCUGCUCCUUUGUCUACAACCUCAACAGACUCAACUCAAAGUCAAGAGCCUUCUUCGCCUUGCCUUCCAAGAAGGGACUCAUGAAGCAGAUAUGGAGGACUCUAUCAAACAUACAGGGACAGUCUUUGUCUGGUCAGAAGAUUCCGAUGUUGUCGCUAUUGAAGAGUGGCCACCUCUCUCUGGGAGACAGUCACACGUGUCUUCCACUUCUCGCCUCCUUCUGUCGUUUCUUCAGUCUCCUCCUCAUCACCCUCGACGACAAGGAGCUCUUCGAUGGCCUCUCCUUUCCAUUCUCAAAGCAGGAGACACUCAGUGUCAUCGUACACCUAAAAGACUGUGCACUUGGCCUAAUUGAAAUCAUUCACCCGGAAACGAAGUUCACGGCUCAUAAGGGUCUCACAGAGAAUAUAAAACGGUGCUCGAAUGUUCUAAAGCUUUUGUGCCAGCUCCUAAAGCAAUUACAUGAAAGGGACCAGAGAAUAGAGUUCUCUCAGAAUGAAAGUUUCUGGAUCUCCUCCAAGUGUGCGAUACCGAAAGCACCCAGCGACAUGACAAUUUGCGAGGCACUGAGACGUGGCGUUGAUCUAGAACACAUCCUAUCAUCCACUUAUGCAUCCCUGGACAACAAGAGUGGAAUGGCAACAAUGAACAAGAACAUACCGAUGCCCCUCAAUGCCAUGCAUGACCUGGACCAGAGCAACAUGCUCUCUGUGGUGUCCAUGCGUGACAGGAGACUCUUAGUGGUGCUAACAUGUUUGCCGUUCUUCAUCUCGUUUCCAGAACGAAUCAAGCUUUUCCGGAAGAUCAUUUCUCUGGACAAGUUGGAAGUGCAUGAGAGGAGGCUUCCGAUGGGAGCAGGCCCAGGUGACAUCUCCAUCAACAUCAGACGCACUCAUGUCUACGAGGACGCAUUCGAAUAUCUCUCGCCCCAGAACGAGCCCGACCUCCGAAAAAGAAUACGGGUGACAUGGCGCAAUGUGACUGGCCUGGAUGAAGCCGGCAUAGAUGGGGGAGGGAUCACGAGGGACUUCCUGCAGGAACUGAUCAAGGCCGCGUUCGACCCCAAGUUCGGUUUCUUCACUGCCACCCCUCAGGGUGCCUUCUACCCCUUCCCUCAAGUCACACAACUGAUGGAAGCGUCAAUGGCCAAGCAGCAUUUCUACUUCAUAGGCAGAAUGGUCGGAAAGGUGUUGUACGAGAAUCUGUUGGUAGAGUUGCCUCUCGCCUCGUUCUUCCUUGCCAAGAUCCUCUCCGGCCAAGUGGACAUCAACUACUUGGCAUCCAUGGACGAGGAACUGCACCAGAAUUUGCUGUCGCUGAAAGCUUACUCCGGGAAUGUAGAAGACCUGACGUUGACCUUUUCGCGAACUCAAAGUGUGCUUGGAGAAGUUCAGGAUGUAGAGUUGAUUCCCGGAGGCAAAGAAAUUGUGGUGGACCAUUCAAACAAGCUCUUCUACAUCCAUACGGCUGCUGACUUCUGGCUGAACAGACAAAUAAAGACCCAAUACACCAACUUCGUAUCAGGACUGACGGACCUUAUUUCGCUCAACUGGCUACGAAUGUUCAAUGCCACUGAGUUUCAGACUCUAAUCUCCGGUGCCUCUAUUUCAAUCGACAUCUCAGACAUGCGACAGAAUACAGUAUACGCUGGUAGUGCCAAUGAAGAGCCCUUAAGUGACUCGCACCCGUAUGUUGAGAGUUUCUGGGAAGUUGUGUCGUCGUGGGACGAUAAACACAAGUCGGAUCUUCUGAAGUUUGUCACAAGUUGCAGCCGACCCCCAUUGCUAGGUUUCAAAGAAAUAUUCCCGCCUAUCGCGAUUCAUAGCGCAGGACCUUCCGAGGACCGACUUCCGACUGCAAGUGUGUGUAUGAACGUGCUCAAGUUACCAGUGUUUCCUAAUAAGGACAUUCUUGAAGAGAAGCUUAAAAUGGCCGUAGAUUCAAAAAGUGGAUUUGAACUAAGUUAACUUACUUAACGUUACCUGGACAGAUUUAAAGCUAUAAUAAUAUGAAAUGUAUACAAUUUAGUAAUUAACUUGAUGCAAAAUAUUAGAAUUAACAUAUCAGUUUUUCGUCCCU